GGGAAUGAACCACGAUCACGUGACGUUGAAGCCGGCGGCGGCCAUGUUGGAAACGGACCUGGACGGAAUCUGCUGGAACGAAAUAUCAGUAAAUGUUGCCCUGUAGCGAGCUAUGUGACAUUACAAUGCCCACAACGUGCGCAGCCUUUGGGUGCACCAACAACUCUAAAAGGGACAACUGGGUUACUUUUCAUAGAUUUCCAUCAAAUCCAGAAAGGAGAAAACAAUGGCUUAAUCUCAUGAACAGAGAAAAUUUCUGCCCAGGAUUGCAUACGUUUUUAUGCUCCAGACAUUUUGAGGAAUCAUGCUUUGACAGAACGGGACAAACUGUGCGUUUAAGAGUAAAUGCAGUGCCCACAAUAUUUAUCUAUCCUGAACAUAUGAUUGAAAAGAUUGCUUUUCUGAAAACAACCAUUAUAAAGCCAGAAGAGGACACGUCACCUCCAUGCACCACAGGCACACAGACGGACACUCUUUGCGAUCACAGCUAUUGCCUUCGUAGCCCUGCUGAAAUCAAAAGAAAAAUCUGGGAGCUUGAAAGGAAACUGGAAAUUGCUCACAAGAAAAUAAAAAUAUAUCAGCAGAAAGAGAGGAGAGUGAAUAGGAAAUGCUUGCCACAAAAUGGGAUUAACCCAGUUUUACAUGAGAGACCAGAAGACAUGGAUUCCAAUGAAAUAUUAGAUCACCACAGUGACAAUAAAAAGAUAGACCCAGAGAAGCACAACACAGCAGCGUGGGAAACGUGAGUGCUGGUGUUCCGUGGUUACUAGCUCAGUGUUGUGACACAAACGCCACAAUCACAAAAUCAGGACUAAAAGGCAGACAGGAUUGGACAAUAAAAAUGGUUGGCAUGAGGUGGCGUGCCAUUAGUGCAACAUUAAAA